CAAUCAUCUCAUCAGUGUCACUCUGUUGCAAGGAGACUUGUUUCCACAACACAGCAGAAAGUUCCCGGAUUCAGCACUAGGAACCACGGUGGAUGCCUAUCCCAUGUUGGACAAAGCCAGACAGAACGGUCCCUGAUCUAUGAAAAUGAGGACUUCCAGGGUUGCAAUGGUGCACUGGCUCUCUUUCAGGUUGUGAUGGAAAAUAACCUUCAAGACACAUUCACCGAAACUGUAAGUCUUCUCAAGAUCCUCAUCACCACACCAAUGACAACAGCAGAAUCAGAGAGGUGCUUCUCUACUUUAAAGAGGAUCAAAACUUAGGAACACGAUGGCACGAUCGCCUCAACGCUCUGGCUAUGCUCUCUAUAGAGAAAAAACGCACACGGGACAUUCCAGAUUUCAACACAAGGGUCAUUGAGAGAUUUGCCACUCAGAAAGACAGACGAGCAAAGUUCCUGUACAAAUAAGAGUUCUCCAUCCCCUUCACUCUCACUCACACAUUCACUCCAUCUACUUCUCUCAUACACAAAUCUGUCACAGACACCAUAUGUUAGUCUCUCUCUAAUCUUUACUCUCUCUCUCUCUCUCACCCUCCCAUCUAUCUCUCCAACAGAUUACAAGGAAUAUUAUUGAUUAAAUUAAAAAAAAAAAAAUUAGUCAUUAAAUUAAUCCCUUAAAAGUUAACCAUUUAAAAUGAGUAAAAUGUACACAUUUUUCUAAACAAAAAUAUCUGAAUUAAAAAAUUUCUUUUUUAUUGCCAACAUUGAAGACACCUGAUGUUAACGAGCAGAGUUAACUAACUUCUGAGUUAGUUUAACUUUAGUAAUUAUAGCAGCACUGGCCUUGUACGGCAUAAUAUUUUUAACUUUCACAAUGUAAUCCAUUUACAUAUAUAUAUGUGUGUAUGUGUAUGUAUAUAUAUAUAUGUAUGUGUGUAUGUGUAUAUAUGUGUAUGUAUAUAUAUGUGUAUAUAUAUAUAUAUAUAUAUAUGUGUGUAUAUAUAUAUAUAUAUGAAGAGUUCAGAUGCAAAAGCCGCUAAACGCCACCUCCGUCAAAAAUGAGAUAAUGACAUUGAGUGAAAGCUAUCUGCAUAUAGUACACGUUCAACAAAUAUAUUUGCUUCAAAUACUCUAAAUCUCACCCUCAGCCCAUUCAGAAAUAUCAGUUUGUUGGCAAAAGCCUCUAGACGCCAAUUCUCUUUGGCAGCAAAAGCCGCUACAUCCCGAGAACCAAUCAGAAGGCGCGAAUCAAUACAGGCGGUUUCAAUAUAGCGGCGCGCUGAGGAGACGGCUUUUUUUAGACGUCUGAGGAGAUUGUUUUUGUUUUAUUCAGAUUCAGAUUUUUUUACGUUUUUAAGAUGGUGUACGAUGAAAUGGAUGAGCCUAUCCUAAUGACAUCAAAUGGCAGAAGAAAACGUCGUUUACCUCAAAACUCUUCCCGUUACAAGGCAAAAGUAAAUCGAUACAGUGGAAAUGGCUUGGUCGCAAGUGUAGCAUGCACUCAUAACACUUCUUGGUGCCGAGCUGUUACUUUGAAGGAAUCUGAUUUAUUUUACAUCAAACAACAGCUCUAUUCCACCAACGACAAAGUCGAACAAGAUGCCAUUCUUCUGUCUCGUAUGGAUGCUAUGCCAUGUAAACGGAGGAGACAACAAGUGGAGGCUGAAGAGAAAAGAGGGCAAAGAGAUGUAUCAAUAAAGUAUGCCGUUUUGAAAGAAGAUAAAACAAAAGUUCCCAUCUGCCACGCUUCAUUCCUGAGCAUUUUCUGUGUCAAGAAAGACAGAGUUCAGAGUAUUGCAAAGUACUGGCUUGAGAACGGCAAAGCACGUCCCGAACAUCAUGGUGGUCCCAGGGAAAUUGAAGCACAAACUGCAAAGAAGGACAUAGUUCGAAAGCACAUACAGUCUUUUAAUUGUAGAGCAAGCCACUAUGCGCGCCGUGGUGCACCUGGGAGAAAGUUCCUGCCGAGUGACUUGAGUGUGGCAAAAAUGCAUCAGAUGUUUCUUGAGCAGAAUCAUCAACAAGUUUCCUACUCACUAUACUGGAGCAUCUUUGUGUAUGACUUCAACCUGGCUUUUGGUCAUCCUGCCAAAGAUGUGUGCUCUUCGUGUGUCAAAUUCCGCAUUGCAAUCAAUGAUCCUGAUCUGACUGCAGAAGAGAAGCGGAACAAGAUUCUUCUUUACACACUUCACCGUCGCCGAGCUCGUCAGUUUUAUGACACACUAAAUGACGUGGGUGAUACAUUCACUGUCUGCUUUGACAUAAUGGAGAACCUGGUCCUUCCUAGGUCUGCCAUCUGUCAAACGUAUUACUCAAGGCAGGUAUACUUUUAUGUUUUCGGUGUGGUCCGUCACCGUGGCAGAGGAGAACCCCAGAGUCGACAUGAGAUAAAUCUGUACACCUUUAUUCAGACAGGGCAGAAAGGUGACUGCAGAGAAAUCAGGUGGAAUUUGCAAAUAAUCGAAGAUCACAUUCAACCCCCCUGUAAAGAAGUUUGUCUACUGUUUAGUUUUGAAAUGAUUAUGCUCUAAUCUUUUUCAGUGUUUUUAGUUACAUUUUUAGUGAUUUUUUUUAUAUUUACUAUGUCUUGUUCCAAAUAGAUGGAUUUAGAGGUUUUUGCGAAAAAAGCACAAGUGGAUUUAGCUGGUUUUGACGCAAAAGAAAAUCUAAUUUGUUAAAAAUCACUGAAUUGACUGAAGUGACAUUUUUAAAAAAAAAGUUAUUUUAUUCACUGACUAAUAACCUUAUCAGUACCUUAAAAAUGAAACUAAUGAAACUAACACAGGAGCCUAAUAAAAAAUGCUCAUUUAAAGAAAAUAAGUCUGAUGGAUUUAGAGGUUUUUGCAUCUGAACUCUACAUAUAUAUAUUAGUGGUGGGCCGUUAUCGCCGUUAACGUGCUGCGUUAACGCGAGACUCUUUUAUCGGGCAAUAAAAAAAAAUAUCGCCGUUAAUCUAUUCUCAAAGUUGGGUUGGGAGCAAGCCUUGAUGAAUUUCACCUUGAUAUUUUAUAUAACCGACUGGUUGAGGCCAGCCUAAUGGACAGCGACACUGAACCGAGCUCUCUUCUGCAAAGUUCUCCUCAAAGUCCCUCCUGCACUUGAACGAACAAAUACAAAUCGCAAUUUGGAACAAACAACAAGAUGUGAAAGAGCCCAAUUCAGUACUCGCGGUGUUCUGGUGUUAAGGGCUCACGCAGAGAAAGACGUCUCCAGACGCUAAAAAUAAGCGUUUUCAAGUGUUUUGAUCAAAACACUUGAACAUCGAAUUUGCUUAUUUUUGCUCUAGUGCCGACAAAUACAUACGAAAUAUGUCAAAAUAUCCACCUUGGAAAUUAUGCUUUGGAAAAAAUAUUUCCCAGAUAGUAAAUUAUUAUUUUUUUAUUUCAUUAUAGAGAAAUAUUAACAACAUAAUUGUAUAAUUCAUUGUAAUAUAUUAAAAUCCAUUUCUGAUACUAAUACGUUCGUUUAAUAAUUCCUGAAUAAUCUUGUUCAUAAAGAAAUAAGCCAUUUUUGUGUUUGAUCAGUUACCUGUGUCGUCAGUGCGCAGCAGACACACCCACCUACAUGAUUUAAAUAUAUCGCUUAUCCUGUCCCAAAAGACCGUAAACACUGCAGAUAACAUCUGAAGUAAACAUUACUUUAUUACACAUAACAUAAAAACGAGUCGCGUUUGACUGAUCAGCUUCAAAUCGAGAUAUUUUAGGACAGCGGUUUGAAUGUAACUCAAUGGUGCUCUCUGCUGGUAGGGAUUAGUAAGAUGGCGGAUCGAACACUUCCGGUGGCUUCACUGCCUGUUGGCAGUUUAGAAGGUGAUGAGCGAUCCAGUUAUAUAUAUAUAUAGAUCAGUGGAUGUGUAUUAUAUUGGAUGCGUUCAUCGUCUCUUAAAGUGACCGCGCCUAAUUUAGCUACUGGCUGCUGUAAUGUUAAUCCAAGAAAAUGAAAAUCACUCACUGCUCUUGACUACUUUGUAGUUUUAACAGUUAAACCAAAAAUUAUUUAGACACCAGAUAUAUUUUUUGAUAUAUAUAGCAAAACUGUAAUAAUGUGAGAAAUGUUGAAGGUGUCUGAAUAAAUGUAGGUUUGAUUUUAUAUACCAUUUUUACAUUGAAGACUAUCCAGUGCUUUUUUACAUUUAAUUAUUUAUUUUCUGUACCUUGACACCUACAAACUUGAGGAAACUUUAAACAUUGUGUAAAUAGCACAAAUAAAUAAAAAUAAACGAACAUACAAAUUAGACAAUUUCAAACAGGACCCACUGGUACAACCUUCACCGGGUCCCCGCUUGUGCA